AUGCCACAAGGGUAUGUCCAAGAAUGGGCGUCGGAUCACGAGGCGAUACGAUCAGAAACUACCAACGGGAUCAUCCGACCUUUCAAACUCAAGAACGAAGCGGACCAUAACCUCUACAGGUAUUUACUCAUGGGUAAGGGAGCGCGGGAAGUGCCUCGAGUUCAGGUACCGGAGGAUAUCGCUUGGCAUAUAGCUAGAAUCCUGGAGGGGACGGACAGAGAGGUGACGUUGGCAGGGACGUUUCAGAUCUCGUUUGAAAAGACUUCAGCUUUCCUGGCUGAACUCGCUUUUAUCGGACAAUAUGUUCCCACCUGGUUCAGACUCUAUUACCAAGAUGACGAAUUAGAGAUAUCAUCAAUAUCACAGAACCUUCACCGGAUUUUCUCCCUGCUCACUGAGGCGACAACAAAUCUCCGGGAUGAGAAACAACUUCGUGGGGUAUACGCAGAAAUAUUCCAUCUUGUCUUCUAUGAGAAUGAGGAAACCAAAUCGUUUGAUAUCAGCUCAAAUGUCAAAACGAGUUUUCGGAUCGUAAAUGAAUUGCAUCUCUGGCCUCUGGCUCUACGUGAAACCGACUUGCAGAUUGGUUUCGCACCGGUUGCGCUUCGUAUAAGUAAAAAUCACUAUAGUGAACCUGUCAAUCUUAGUACGGCCGUAUACGCUUUGUCAAGGGAUAUCCUCGUAAACUCAAACGAUGAUCUGUUCGGAUCAUGGUUUCCAUACGUGUUAGUACACCUCAACACCGGUACAUCUGAUUUUAACAACACUCGAUUGGAGAACGAUACUUCCAUCUUACUCGCUUUGAAGCUAUACCAUGCCUUGUACUCACAAGCUAUACAAACCGACCCAGUAGAUUGCCAGCUUCAUGUCAGGGAGACAAGAUAUGUCUUUGGGAUUAGGGUUCUGGCAGAUUGGGUAGAGGUGGUCAUGGGCUUCUUGACCGGCGGGAAGGUGCUCGUCGUACCGAUCUUCGCUUCUCCCAUAUCCAUUCCUUCCAAGUACUUACAGUUCGUCAAUAUCUUACUCAACAUCAAAGAUGAAAGGGAUAUUCGGAAGUCGAUAAUCGAAAAUUGGUUAUGGUGCUCGAGCGGGAGGUCAUCUGAAGAACUCUUACUAAGACUUGCCCGAUAUAGAUCUUCAGCUUCGACCGCUCUUCAGGGUUACUUCAAUUCACCAGGACCAUCAUCUCGAACACCAACCGAAUCGCCUGAAGAGAUUGAUAAGAAGAAACGAAUCAACAAGUGGUUAGAGGAUAUUCAUGAUCAUCGGCAUUCUCUUGAGAGAGGUUACCUCCUUAGCUUGUGA